CGGUCAAGCGGUCAAGAAGAAGGCGUGUGUGAUUUGCGUGUAUUAUUGUCCUACGAAGGUUUCCACCGGUAUCAUGCAGGGCGUGUCCCGACAACGUCGCCGCUUGUUUUCCAAUAGGAAGGUACGUGCACCCCGUCAAGCCAGAAGGUGCACAUAGGUUUCAGCAACACAUCCCUGAGGAAAAGUAAAAGACAAGUGCCAGGAAUGGUUGAAAUUGUGAGAGAUUAGUGGUACUGUGACAAGAUGCUUACAUAAGAAGAAGCCACAUUACUUUCGUGCCGAACUGAAAAGACUGUCGCCUUUUUGUAUACGAAAAGAAGCGUUCGAACUAAAGGAUAGUUGCUUUGAUGCAAUGACUUUUAAAAGAAUGAUGCGCACUGUUAUCAUACCUUCCUCUUUCUCUGUGAUUAUGUCGUCACUGAGGUCUGGUAGCAGUUGUAACAGCCACAUCAAGGUACAUGCUCUACGUAUGUGCUUAGUAUGGAUUAUAAUUCAUAUGUACAGUCCAAAGCGUUGCCAAGCGGUCUUUUACAACAACUGGGCAAAGCAAACCGCCACAACGAUUCAAUAUGCUCACGACACUUUACGACGGCUCUACGACAUUACGUUUCGCAAUGAAUUGUACUUUCUCAAGUCAAGCAGCAACAACAGCAGCAUCAGAGAAGAUGACAAUGUCAAGUUUAAAAGAGAUUACGCGAUGGAAGUGCGUCAAACAACUUUCUGGGCAAAGUAGCUUUGAGUGCCGCGGCGAAGUUCUACUCUCCAUGCUGCAAAACCGAAUAACCACGCCACCACAUCGCACCAUGGUUAAUCCAACAACGGCCGAGACUUUCUACAAUGGCUCACUUAUCCCAUCAGGAAGCUGGA